AUGUCGCUUAGGCAACACAUCCAGCAAGAAUUUAUGUCAGAAUAUCGUCCCGUUUAUAACGACGCACACACAGUCUAUUACCCGCCCCAAGAAAAAAAACGUAGGUACAAGCCUGGCACGGUGGCACUGCGUGAGAUCCGCAAGUACCAGCGAUCAACAGAUUUAUUGAUAUCCAAGCUUCCGUUUGCGCGUGUCGUUCGCGAAGUUGCGGAUGAAUUUAUUGAGGCGAACUACGAUUCGAGCGCUAGCGCAGUUGGUCUGCGUUGGCAGAGCUCAGCAAUCCUUGCGUUACAGGAGGCUACAGAGGCCUACUUGGUACAUUUAUUCGAAGAUGCGAACUUGUGUGCCAUUCAUGCAAAGCGCGUCACCAUCAUGCAACGCGACAUUCAGCUGGCUCGGCGCAUACGCGGUGUAUGGGGCGGUAUCGGGUAA